AUAAGAAGAGUGGGGCGGAGGAGAUGCCAUUUGGAAGCCUUUCGCGAGCCGUCUCGGCGUUCUGCGCCGCUCCACCUCGCCGCCAUUCGUCGGCGCCGACAACGCUUCGACGCCGCGCUCCGCUCGUCGGGGCGCUCUGUAUUCUGAGCCUCGGCACCCUCUCCGCGAUCGCCUACAGGUCGGGCUUUGCCAGUGCCCAGGCCCUUCGCCGCUUCCAUUUCCUCGGGUCAAAGGUUGUUAACCAGCCAUCCAACAGAAGUCUUCACUCUACUAUAAUGGAAGGUGCUUCAACUACUGUUCCAUCUAUUGUUGUCUAUGUGACUGUACCAAACAGAGAAGCAGGCAUGAAACUUGCAGAAAGCAUCAUCAAGGAAAGACUUGCUGCAUGUGUCAAUCGAGUGCCAGGUAUCGAGUCAGUUUAUUGGUGGGAUGGCAAGGUACAAACAGAUUCUGAGGAACUACUGAUAAUAAAGACCCGGGAAUCCCUUCUUGGUGCAUUGACUGAACAUGUGAAAUCCAAUCAUGAGUACGAGGUUCCUGAAGUCAUUGCCAUGCCCAUCACUGGCGGGAAUCACAAGUAUCUGGAGUGGAUCAAGGACAGCACUAGAGACGAGUGAUGUGUAUGAGAGAUGGUAGUCUCUGUGGGCAUCUUGAGUACCAGGGACCGUCUCUCUUCCGACUGAAUGUUCGAAGAUUUGUAUGUGUAGUAGCGUUGUUGAUGUUGUAGUCAUUGUGUGAAUGGUAGUCCUUGUGGGCAUCAGUACUAGGGUGUGUCUCUUCGACUGAAGCCUUUUUUGAAUAUGUUGGAUUUGCCUGCCUUGGUUGGCGGUACCACCUUUUAUCUCUUCAAUUUUUUAUUUUAUUUUAUUUGGAGUUGUA